GUAAGAUGAUUUAAUUAUAGCUAAAUAAUUUUUUCAAUUAAACAAAUUCCAUUCUCGGACUGACUGAAUUAUCAUUUUUUGUGUACGAGAAAACUGUGCGUAAAUAACUACAUUAGUAGAUUGUAAGUAUUUACUUAUUUUGUGGAAUAAGCUAGACCGAGUAUCAAAUAUAAAAGCUAGUCAUAAUGUUACGAUUUCUCUUGUUGUUGGGAUUAACACUGAAUAAAAGUGUUUUUGGACAAGAUUAUACCCUGCUUUUCUCUUCUUCUGAUGUAACAGCUUAUAUGGAUCAAAACGAAAUUAUAGGAUACAAUAUUACAGGAGACUUUACUUUGGAUGAAAUUUAUUAUAUGUUAAUUAGUAACAGUGAUAAUCACAUUGUUCAAACUGAAAGAAAAAUAGAGUUUCAAGAAGAAGGAGGGUACCAUUCAGGAAAUAUCAGUAUUUAUGGGAAGUUUCUGGGGCGAGUAAAUUUAAGUUUAGAAUUGUACCAGAAAUCUACAAACACCUUGUUAACACAGGCAUCGGUUAAUGUUAGAGUAAUUAGGGGUCAUGGUGCCCUAAAUACUGCUUUCACCGUGUCGGUAGCUGUUCUUGUGAGCUUGAUCUAUAUUAAUUUCGGAAGUGCUCUCAAUUGGACAGAUUUUAUUAAAUAUUUGAAGAAGCCUAUUGGUCCAGCUAUUGGUUUUGUGGGCCAAUUUGUUUUUAUGCCCCUUCUUAGUUAUGGAGUUGGAUACGCUCUCUUCCCUGAUGAUCCUGCUAUGCAAUUGGGAUUCUUUUUCACAGGCUCUUCGCCUGGAGGUGGCGGUUCGAAUAUUUGGACGGCACUUUUAGACGGAAACAUCGACUUAUCUAUUACUAUGACUGGAAUUAGUACAUUAGCAGCAUUUGGAAUGAUUCCCUUUUGGAUAUUUACGUUGGGAGCUACCAUUUUCGACAGAAGUAACUUAGAAGUACCAUAUAGAAAUAUCACAAUGUUUGCAGUUGCAUUAGUUAUUCCACUUGCUAUUGGUUACUUGAUUCAACGGUACAUGCAGAAGACUGCCAAUUUUCUUCGAAAAACCCUUAAGAUAUUUUCUGGCAUUCUUAUAAUAUUUAUCAUUGUUUUUGCAAUAGUAGCAAAUUUAUAUUUAUUCGAAAUGUUUUCGUGGCAGAUCGUUGUAGCUGGUAUUGGCGUGCCCUGGUUGGGUUACUUAGGGGGUUGGUUAUUAGCAAAGAUUUUUCGACAAAAUCCGAAAGAUUCUUUAACAAUAGCGAUUGAAGUGGGACUUCAAAAUACAGGCAUUGCUAUUUUUCUUUUGCGAUUUUCUUUACCUCAACCGGAAGCCGAUUUGACUACAAUUGCUCCUGUUGCUGUUGCCUGUAUGACGCCAAUACCGCUCCUUGUUUUGUUUUUGAUAAAAUUGGUAAAGAGACGUAUUCAAAUGAAAAACAAACCAAAGGAUUUGGGAACAGUGAACGAAAUAAGUGUUGACUCUAAAGUUGUACAAACUCAAAAAUAUUAGAACAGCGCGCGAGUCUUUUAUGAUUAGUAACAUUUUUAUUAUAUAUCAUGUACCUAUUAUUUUUAUUAUUUUUAAAUAAAUUUUUGAAAA